CGCCCUGACGUUCAUGGGGCUGGGGCGGGGCUGGGCGCGCUGACGGUGUUGUGGAAACAGGUACAGAAAGCUUUUUGCGGCAUGGUGGACGUUCCCCGGCCUCGGCUGACUGUAGGUGCCAGGACUCUGAGCGGCCGCUAUCCGCGUGGGUGAGGGGAGCUACUGGGGCGGCGUGCCCGUGAUGACCUGCCCACCAGCAGUUGGCGAGAUCCAGCCUUCGCGUUUCCCGGAACUUUUCGAACCCUGCUGUGCCCAGCGUUCCAGAACGCAAAGCGACUGGAGCUUUCGUGCGUGGGAGUUCUAGAACUCCGGCCCGCGGGCGUUCGGAGAGGAUGGUAAGGCGAGCGGUCCUGUUGCCGCUGCUCGUGACCGGGGGCUUACUCGCGAUGCUGCUAGAGCCGGGCCGGUGCCAGGAGCCUGAAACUCCGGACUGGAGGAUGACACUGAAGACCAUCAGAAACGGCGUUCAUAAGAUCGAUACUUAUCUAAAUGCUGCUCUGGAUCUUCUGGGAGGAGAGGACGGGCUCUGUCAAUAUAAAUGCAGUGAUGGAUAUAAACCUUUACCUCGCUAUGGCUAUAAACCUUCACCACCCAACGGAUGUGGUUCUCCACUCUUUGGAGUUCAUUUUGACAUUGGCAUUCCUUCGAUGACAAAAUGCUGCAAUCAACAUGACAGAUGUUACGACACCUGUGGCAGCAAAAAACAUGAUUGUGAUGAGCAGUUUCAGUACUGUCUUUCAAAGAUCUGUAGAGAUGUGCAGAAGACAUUAGGCAUACCUGAGUCUGUGCAAGCUUGUGAAUCUACGGUGCAACUGGUGUUUGAUGCAGUCAUACAUCUCGGAUGCAAGCCAUAUCUUGACAGUCAGAGAGCUGCAUGCAUGUGCCAGUAUGAAGUCAAAAGAGAUCUGUAGCAAGAUUUGUCUGAAGCAAUAGAGCCCUGUGUUGUUACAAAGCUGUCCUAAAGAUACAGAUGAACAUACGGAUGGACUGGCUACUCAUGAGGAGGAGACAUUAAUUUGUAUAUAUUUUUAUAUAGCACUUCUUCCUUUCAUCAGCUAUGUAUGCAUUCAUAAUCUAUAAGGAUCAGUUGUACACCUCUUAGAGAUGAAAUGGAUAUUUUGGCAACUACCUUAAGUAGAUAGGAUUGUCAAUGAAUGCUGCUCUAAACUGAAAGAAGUGGAUAUUGAAGAUGGCAUGGGGUAAAGAAAAAAAAAGUAGGUCAAUCCUUGGAGUUACAAUCAAUCAAUAUCUCUUCUGAGUUUGAUUUUUCUUAUAGAAGAAAAAUACCUGAAAAGGCAAAACCAAGUAUUUGAAAGACUUCAAAAAAUAUGACUGGCAAUAUUCAGUCAUUUGCAUACUGACAUUCUAUGAUGCAUGUAAUCAUAUUUGGCCCUACCAUAAAACAGCUGUUUUCCAUUUCUCCAAGGGUAUUGUAAUUCUCUGAAAGCAAAAUAUAAUUUUGUUAACUAUUUUUAAAAUAUGUUCCAUUGAAGAGAAAUAUCCUUCAACCAGAAAAUUAUUGAUACUAACAAAAAUAUUUGUCCUUUACUGUGUAUAACUGUUAAGCCUCUUUUAUUCUGGGGUAUCUGGAGUAUCUCAAAAUUUAAUUUUAAGACUAAUUUAUCAUUCUUUCUUGAUGGUUAUGAAUUGCUUUGACAACAAGGGCUCUUUUUUGUGGGUUUUAAUAAUUUCAUUGUCUUUUUGGCAUCAAAGUUUGAUAUAGUUCUUAUUCCCAAACUUUCUAUAAAUAAUGACUACUGAGUCAAAUUCUGCCUCAUGUAUUUGAGUACCAAAAUGCUAAAAAAACCUGCUGAAUUAUUUGAUAUUACUUGAAAAUUGGUCUUUGGUGUAUUUUCUUCUGGUGCCUUUAUUAAUGAAACAGACAUUUUAAAAGUGAAUAUGUGUAAAAUAAAACUGUUUAGAAAGAGAAAAAUUAAACACGCAAAACUGAA